AUGGAGACUUAUGGCGCUGGACCUCCGUCGCUCCAAGCAGGGGCUGGAAACUGUGGCAGGGGACUGAAUUACUAUGAUUCACAGCCGGGGCUAGAUACUUCAUCUGGUACAUCCGCCAAAGCGGAUGCUGGCAUGAUGACACCUGCGGGUUCACACGGGGGACUUGCCUCAGAGGCCGAGUCUAGUGGGGGUCUUCUUCCCCCUCAGCCUCUUCUCCUUUGCAACACGCGAGAGAAGACUAAGUGUUUCCGCCCGGGCAUUGGAUAUACAACACGGAUCUGCGAUCAAUCAAAGCAUCAGAACCCGGCGAGAGGCGGCGGCGCGUGGCCAGCCAUGCAGUACUCCGCAGUCCUGCAGCUCGCAUUCGAUCUGGACAGUCUCUGCAGGGAACUCAGGCAGGUUCUGGAGGCGGAACGCCCCGCUCUAACGGUGUUGGUCGAGAUGCAACUCCGUCAUGCGAUGCUCGCCCUCCUCCAGCCAUUUGUACUGCCAGCACGCACUGAUGCGCAAUUCUACCUCGCUCGCCAGAUGUGCCUACAAUGCGCAAUGGCCCUGGUCACCUAUGCGCACGAGAGCCAAUCGCCUGCGAGCGUCGGCGCCGAGCCCAGCCUCGCCGGGCCCUCCCUGCUGCUGCUGCAGAUGCAGAUGACAGCCCGGGGGUACCUUCGGGGCGCCUUCCACCCCGCCGUUAUCUGUGCCUUGGCCAUCGAGAUUAUCGUUCAACUGAGCGGCGAGGCCGGUGCAGCCACGUCAGGGCGCCCGCCGUACUCGCUAGAUAGUAUGGCUCGGGCGCAGCGGGCGCCUAUCAUCAAGACGCUGGAGCGUUUGAACAGUCAGCUACGAGAAAUGAUGAAUCAAGCCUUUCCGGCUCUGAAACGAUACCAGCUGCAUCUUGGCUCAGAUUCGUGCCUUGAAGACAGGAAUGCCAGUUAG